AUGGGCAACUACAUGUCCUGCACGCUGGCCAAGGCGACGGGGUCCGGCGGCGGCAAGUGCGCGAGGGUGAUACUCCCGGACGGCGGCGUCAGGCAGGUGCCGCUGCCGGCGACGGUGGCGGAGCUGAUGAUGGGCGCGCCGGGCCACUUCCUCGUCGACGCGCGAGGCGCGGGCCUCGGGGCGCGCCUCGCCGCGCUGCCCGCGGACAAGGAGCUGGAGCUCGGCGCCGUGUACGCGACCUUCCCGAUGAAGCGCAAGGGCACGCCGCUGGCGGCCGCCGACGUGGCGCGCCUCGCCGCCGCCGCCACCAGGGAGGCCCGCCGGUCCUCCGCCAAGGUGGCCAACGCCGUCGUCGUGGCGCCGCCUGCCGAGGUGGUGGCGGUGGCGGUGGCGGAGGCCGCGCCCAGGCUGCUGCGGCUGGAGGAGAUGGUGGACGACGCGGCGGCCGCGGAGAUCUGCGAGUUGAAGCACCGGGCCAGCAAUGCCCGGUCCAGGAGACCCACGCUGGAGACCAUAGAGGAGGAGAAUUACAUGUCGUCGAGAUACAUGGCCUACUAA